AAGGCGGCGGAGGGAUCCCUGGGAGGACGCCAGUGAGGGAGGAAGGGCCAAGAUGGCGGCGCCCUGUGGGUUAGAAGAGUCCUGAGUGGUAAACAGCUGAGGGGAGGAGGAGGAGAAGGAGGAGGGGGAACCCAAGGUGGCGUACAAGCAUGGUGUUCUCCCUCCAGAUUUUAUCCUCCCAACAACCCUGUGAGUUUGGUGAUCAUGAAAAGGGUCGGAUUUAUAGCAGUGGAAAGAGGUCGGGAUAACAGUGAGACGGGAGCGCCAAUGAGGAACCGGUAGAGGUUGCGCAGUUACAGUAGCAUGCACGGAAGCACAUAGCUGGAAGAAGGAUGGCUCAGCAAGCGAAUGUUGGCGAUCUCCUCGCCAUGCUUGAUUCUCCAGACCUGGUUGUCCUGGAAGAUAUAACGGCUGCAUUUAGAGAGAACCUAAAUUCAGACCGUGGGCCUAUGCUUGUAAACACCUUGGUGGAUUACUACUUGGAAACCAGUUCCCAGCAAGCAUUGCACAUCCUGUCCACACUGCAGGAGCCACACGACAAGCACCUUCUGGACAAAAUCAAUGAAUAUAUGAGCAAACCAAUGACCCGCCUCUCCACUCUCUCCCUGCUUGGCCAUGUGAUCAGGCGUCAGCCAUCUUGGAAACAUAAGCUUUCUCAAGCACCCGUCCUGCUUUCGUUGCUUAAGUGUCUCAAGACUGACACGGAUGUCGUGGUCCUCACUACGGGUGUGCUAGUGUUGAUAACGAUGCUGCCAAUGAUCCCCCAGUCUGGGAAGCAGUACCUUCACGACUUCUUUGGAAUCUUUGGCCGCCUCUCUUCCUGGAACUUGAAGAACCCAGGUCAUGUCGCAGAGAUCUACCGAGUCCACCUCCAUGCCAGUGUCUAUGCCCUCUUUCACCGCCUUUAUGGAAUGUACCCCUGUAACUUCGUCUCUUUUCUGCGCUCUCACUACAGUAUGAAGGAAAACUUGGAGACCUUCGAAGAGGUAGUCAAGCCAAUGAUGGGACAUGUGCGCAUCCAUCCAGAGCUAGUGACUGGAUCCAAGGAUCAUGAGCUGGACCCUCGAAGGUGGAAGAGACUAGAAACCCAUGACGUUGUGAUAGAAUGUGCCAAAAUCUCCCUGGACCCAGCAGAAGCCUCCUACGAAGACGGCUCCUGUUCAGCAUCCCAGCAGUUGUGUUCUCACUUACAGCAUCGUCCUGCCGACCUGGAUGCCAGCUCUUACGUUACUGCGCACAGUAGCUUUGGAGCUUCAACUUCUACCCCUUUCUCCAAUUCUCGGCUAGCGCUAUCGCAAGUGUCAGGGCAGCUGCCUCAGAUCCUGAGCUCCCAGUCCUCGUGCCUGUCCACUGAGCCACAGCAGGUCACCUUCUGGAGCCCUUCUGCAGUUUGUGGCAUGACCACUCCCCCCACCUCCCCUGGCAUCGCGUUGGAGUCUUCUCAUCCCUCAUCCCAGCCGUACAGCAAGUUCUUUAGCACACCUGUCGGGAAAGGAACCCCUUUAGGAACGCCUGCCACCUCCCCCCCUCCAUUGUGCAUUUCAGAUGAAUUUGUCCACGUUUCGGUUCCUCCAGCUCCUACUGCACCUCCAAGAAAGGAGGACAAUGCAGAUCCUGGGCGGCCUUCGUUAUCCCGACAGCAAAAUGUCACAAACAGCUUGAGAACUCUGGACUCCCACGGCAGUAAAAGUUCGGUAACUUUAAGUGAUCUUCCUGGCAUCUUGGGAGACCUGGAGGCCUCUUUUGAAGAUAGUGGCGAAAAGGACCGAGAAGAAGAUGCCAUAUCCAAAGAGAUCUCCGAGAUCACCACAGCUGAUGCUGGGCCCAUGGUACCUCGGGGAGGCUUUGACUCUCCUUUUUACUACCUGAACGAGAGCCUCUCCAGCUCUAAGAAAUCCCAGCUGGCAGCUUCGAGCGCACAGGGGCCGAUCCCAAACUCUGAGCUCCUGACAUCAUCGGUUGUGGACCAAUCUGGGCUCGAGAUCUCACAGGAUACACCUAAGCAAGCCUUCACGCCCAUAGACCGGCCCAGCCGAGACCCCGAGGAUCAUCCUGCCGGGAGCAGGGAAAGCCGGGUGUCUCUGGAGCCUGGCAUUGUCACCCCCAGCCCAUGCAAGAUCCCAGCCCGCAAGAGGAUGGGUUUUGGGGGUGAGCUGCCUCCUGAUUAUGAACACCUGUUCGAAGUGGCGCUGCCGAAGACCGCCUACCUUUUUGUCAGCAAGAAGACGGAAGAGCUGCUCAGGAAGGUGGGCCGUGACGAAGAAGGCUCUUUCUCCACCUCGCCCCUGGAAGUGCUGGAUCGGCUCAUCCAGCACGGAGCAGAUGCCCACAGCAAGGAGCUGAACAAAUUACCAUUGCCAAGCAAGUCAGCCGACUGGACUCACUUCGGGGGCUCUCCUCCUUCGGACGAGAUCCACACUCUCCGCAACCAGCUGCGCUUGCUGCAUAAUCAGCUGUUGUACGAGCGCUUCAAGAGGCAGCAGCAUGCACUCCGGAACCGGCGGCUCCUGCGGAAAGUGAUCAAGGCGGCCGCCCUGGAGGAGCACAACGCGGCUAUGAAAGACCAGCUGAGGCUGCAGGAGAAGGACGUCCACGCCUUGAAGCUCAGCCUGCAGAAGGAGCAGGCCAAGAGCCGCCGGUUCCAGGAAGAGCAUGACGGCGUGGUGGCUCAGCUCCACAGUCAGAUCCGCCAGCUGCAGCACAAGCGGGAGGAGUACUACAGCCAGAGCCAGGAGCUGAAGACCAAACUGGAAGACUGCUACAACGUAAUCGCUGACCUGCGGCUGGAGCUGAAGAAAGCCAACAACAAGGUGUGCCACACGGAACUGCUGCUGAGUCAAGUUUCGCAGAAGCUUUCUAACAGCGAGUCAGUUCAGCAGCAGAUGGAGUUCUUGAACAGGCAGCUCUUGGUACUCGGAGAGGUGAACGAGCUGUAUUUGGAACAGCUUCAGCAUAAGCACGCCGACACGACAAAGGAAGUAGAAACUAUGCAGACAGCCUUCCGGAAAGAUCUGGAGAAAGCCAAGUGUUAUGUCCAGCAACAGAGUCAGCAGCUGGAAGCAUCUCAGAAACGGAUAGGUGAACUGGAAUCUCAGCUCGCAAAGAGAGACCACCUCUUGCUGGAGCAGAAGAAGUACUUGGAGGAUGUUAAAGUUCAAGCCAGAGGCCAACUCCAAGCCUCUGAGAGCCGAUACAAGGUGCAGAAAAGGAUUACGCAGGCAUUCGAGUUGGAGAUAUUAGGUCUGUAUGGUCGCCUGGAGAAUGACAGGUUGUUGAGGACACGUGAGGAUGACAAAAUGGAAGCAGCUGAAUCCGAAGGAAGGCUGACCGGCGUUAACGAAAGUAGCACCGUCUCUGUCGUAGGCCGCAGUGAAGAAACGGCGGAGAGAAAUGGCGAGACCAAACCCCCCGCCGGCGCCCGGGGUGGGGGUGGCAGCAGCAGUGAGGUGUCCACUCCUGAAAAGCUCCCCAGCCAGCGAGCCGGGCAGUUCAGCAGCCGCUGGGAGGCGUCUGUGCUGCUGGAGCCCACCCCCGGGGGUGGCCCGCCCACGGUGGGCUCCUUCCCAAGCUCCGAGAGCUUCCUGGGCAUGAAGGCGCGGGAGCUGUUCCGCAACAAGAGCGAGGGCCAUUGCGAGGAGGACGGUGUGGCCCUCAACAGCCUCUGUGACCCUUUAAAGGCCAGACUCUGUAAAGACCCCCGUGUGGAGGCAGCCAAGGCCCCUCCGAGCCCCGAGGACCCCGCUCCCUCCCCCAGGAACCCGGAAACCAGUGUUGGACAGCUUCACAUAAUGGACUACAAUGAAUCACAUCAUGGCCAUAGCUAAAAAGGAAGAGAGAGUCGAAAUCAGUGUUAACUUUUUCAUAUUCUUGGCAUAGAACAGGGAGGCGCUGGUGCACCCUUUAACUAAAAGCUUUCAGGUUUUGUGGGUCUAGAGCCACCAGCUCGCACAACGGAAACGGGACUGAUUGUUUGCGGACUUGGCUGAAACGAAUACAGAACGGGUCUCCCGGGCCUGGAAAUAUAGAAGAGCUCAGUCUAAUCCCCCCCUUUGCCACUCUUUGAAGUCUCCCUGCAGAACAUUCUCGCUUUGAUGGGGCAGUGCCUCGACUUUCCCCAAGCCUUUGAUCCCCUCCCACCUUUUCUUGGCCUCUCCCUCAGAGGUUGCAUCCAACGAACUUACGUGCAAUAUGAGAAGUUCAGCUUAACCACCCCGUGAAGUGUGGUGGUGUGCUGAGCUGCAGAGCGAAGCACCAGCGGUUCCCAUUCAGGGCAGGUGGGGGAUGCCUGCCUUCUUCCUCCUGGUGAACUUGGGUUAACUGUUCUUGAGGAAAUCCCUGAAGAUAUGUACUUUUUUUUUUAAGUGCAGUCAUUUGAUGACAACUUGGCUCUUUACCCUUUCUUAAUUGGUCUCUCUUCUCCACCCCACCCCACCCUUUUCCAAAGCACGCUCGUCGGGAGUAGGCGGGACUUUGCUCUCGUGAUGACAUGACUUAAAUGGUGCCCAUCAGCAUUGGGAAAAUCACAUGACUCUCCCCCCCCCCCGCACGCCUUUCUGCCCACUCAACUGUUGUCUGUGCUGUCCUUAACAUUUCUACGUAUGAACCAAACUUUUUUUUUUUCAGUCGAUCCUUUUGAGAAACUGGAACGCCUUAUGCAGGGGCUCUGGGUCUUGUUUGAAAUGCUCCUUCCCCCCCCCAUUUUAUAUUUUGCCCCAUUGUUAGCUUGAUAAGCUGGUGCUGAGCUGACAUCCGUUUGUGUGGGUUCCCUCUCCUCCCCCCCCUCUCCGGAGUGGAAGCGAAAGCCAGGGCUUUUCCAAUGGAAGCAGGCGGUGAUUUCCGGUGAGUUCUGUGGGUGGGCUUGGAACUUCCCCAGAGCUUUCAGAAACGUGAGUGCCUCUCCUGCGUCGGGAGAGCCCUCUGUGUGCAUGGUGUUCUGUCCAUCAAAACCAGGAGAGGCCCCUCUUUGUGAUGCAGCCCGCUCGCUCUUUUUAUUGUGUUGCUUUUGCCCACCCCCUUGUUUCCAAGCAAGAGGUAGUUGUUUCUUGUUGGCUGCCCAGUCCAUCGCCCGGUACUGGAUUAGAAGCCCUCUUCCCCUCCCUAUUCAUUCCCUGACAAAUGGGGGCAUCUGAAGAGGCAGGGAGAGGAUGUCGCUGCCUCAUCUCAGACGUGGCGUGUGACUCGAAACCGAGACCCAACUCUGUGCUGGGUUUGUCGUUCUCCCGAUGUAAAGGGAUGCCUGCAUUGGGAUGCACUGCAGAAAAAGCUGUAUUUACUUGCCCUGACACCCCCCCCCCCCAUGGCGGAUCCACAGCUGGACCCUUGGAUUCCUCUUUUGCCUUUCCUGGUGUGGUACAUCCUGCAUUGCAAGUAACUUCCUUGCGUCGACAUCCUUGCCUCAUAUUCGGUGGGAAAGCAUUCGACGUUGGGAUCUUGUCUAUAGCUCGACUUCCCAGCAGCCACGUGUGACACUUAAAGCUCGCUCUCGGUGCAGCCUCCAGUCUCUGAAAACAACUGACUGGUUCUUACCCCAUCCCCGAAAUCUCUCUCUCUCUCUCUCUCUCGGCCAUUCUAAUCCAAGAAAGAGCUGCAGAGAUUUCUCCCUGUACCAAAGAUGCCAUCACGUUUCCCCUCUUCAGUGGUCCUGUGUACAUUUCUAUUGGAACCUGUUUUUUUUUUUUAAUAUCUCGUAGGUUCUCCUUCUGAAAGUUCCUUCCCCUUUCAGAAAUAAAUAAAUGGUGAGUUUGGCUGGCUUGCAUUCAGAAGCCUCAAAGAAUUAUUGGAAGAGCAGGAAGUUUAGAAGAAAAAACCCUGCAAGAGCAAAGCCAGGGUUUGACGGUGAUGUGUGUACAUGUCAUUGCGUGUGACGUAGUGGUGGUAGAUUUGUAGCACAGGAGUUGGAAGAUAGUCCAGGGAUGUUCUCUCCCCCCCCCCAAGUCCUUUCUAAAGCCCGCUCUGUGGCUGGGCUUAAUACCUGUAGCAGGAGGUGGCGGCAGCAGCAACAGCCUCCCAGCGUGGCAGAGAGGACUGUACUACUUCAGGCUCGCUGUUGAACGCUCCUGUCCUUUUGAACACUCGCCUCUGCCACGCCCCUGUAGGAAAACUAGCAGGGAAAUCUUUUCUUCCUGAUGUGCUAGGUUUUCUUGAUCUGAUGAGAGGCGUUUCUCCUCCCCCCCCUUUUAGCUAGAGUAACAUUGCAAGUGUGAUGUUACCCUCUUCCUCCUUCUCAGUACAUUGGUACAGUCUCCCUUGACCCCUGUCCACAUUUUGCUGCAUAUGUCAAUUAGGCCCCAUGGGGCAGUGUCCUUCAGUCCUGCCUUACCCAGAUGAUGCUGGAGUGCAGCUCCCUUCAUCGCUGACCCUUGCCUGGGGAUGAUGGAAAUUGUUAUCCAGCAAUAUCUAGGGGGCCAAGGUUGAUGAACGCUGAUGAACACAUUUCCUCCGUCAGCUCUCCUCCCAUCCCAUAAUCUCCACAGAAUCAGUUCUUGGAUGUAGUUUGGCAAUUAGAUUAAAUCGUUUUCACUCUUCCCUUCCCCCCUGCAGACUUUUCUUCCUCAUUUACAAAAAGGGCCUUGUUUUUAACAGCAAAAAAUACCCACACUCUUUAAUUGAGAGAGCCUUUUGCUCUUAAAAAGGCCAGAGCACCUUGAAUAGCGUCAAGCUUAACCAGAAUCUCCAAGAGAUUCACUCCUUUACCCCUUCCCCCCCUCACAAUCACCAUGGACCACAGAAAUUAUGGAGGAACUGAUCUAUUGCCAUUGUUCAGCAAGUCUCUUUGAAUCAUGGAUGUAGCAGGAAAGAAAGAAAAAUCUCAUUGGUAAAGCUGGAAAUGAUUUGUUUUUUUUAAAAAAAACUGACUGCUUUUAGUUAAAUCUAAAAAGAAUAGCUCUCCGUUGAAGGGUUGACAUUGUUUCCUGACUGGCUCUUUGUAAGCAUGAUUAAAAAUAAUUGACAUUUAAAAAAAAAACAGAAAAUGCCAUAAAUAUGAAAUGGUAAUAUGAAAUGGUACAAUCUAAGCUGCAAGAGAAGUUUAAAAAAAACCAUGAAAACAAAUGGAGAAGUGUUCUGCUGUCCUUACUAGAAUGUUCUAAUAUGUCACGGCAGUUGCUUGUGUUUAACUGUGAACAAAAUAAAAAGAAACGUAUUGUUUUGCA